UCAAAACAAUGUUAGCCAACUUUCAACCUUCAAAUUCCACAAAGGAAUACCUAGAAAUAAAAUUAACAACGUGCAAAACUCCGUAUCAUGUACGAAAUUUCUAAGCACCAAAGUAACAAAAAGCCUAAACGAAUCAUCGACUGUAAAAGCUAAUCAAGCGUCCCACACGACUCGAGAUCCUCUGGUUCCAUCCACUCGAACGAAAGCUAACCUCGAAAAAGCCUUAAACAGAAGAAGGCUCGUGGCCUCGGCCUUCGACGACCCAUUGGCCGCGGAGGAGACGAAGAAGACGGUCUACCGGAGGAAUCACGCUACGUUUACGGUGGGGGAGUAGUGUUAGAAGGGGUGGAAGCGGCAGGAGAGGCUGCUGAAACGGGGCUGCGGCGUUCCUUCAUGCGGCGAUCUGGCCGCACGAGGCCGCGCUGGCGCAGCAACCUCCUUCUCUACUACGUUUGCGCGUUUUGCACCCUUCUACGGGGUGCGUCCGUGCCGGCAACGCUGUUCAUGGACGGCAGACAGUUUCCACGGCACUCGACGAACGCCGUUCCCCGUCCAGUCGUGACGAAGCAUUCCAUUCGACCCUUGAAACCGCGACGAUAUCGCGUCCGUGACCCAACAAGUCGACCAAAUCAUCUUCUCGUCCUCGUCGUCGACUCUCAUUCGCUAAAAACGCGAGAAUCUUUUUGAAAGAAGCAUCAUCGUGGGUCGAACACGCGACUAGCAUACUCGGCGGAUGCUGCAAGCAACGUGCAGCAACGUGGCAAGCUCCUGAAGCAAGAUCUCUUCCAGUGGAACCUCCGUUGGAUCAUCUCGUCUCUGCCUGGAUCUGCUCGUUUCUUCCUGGCUCUUCCUACUUGUACGGGCUCGCGGAGAUGAUUCUCCGAGAGAUUUAACUUUCUCGUCGAUACAGCCCGUGUAUUCUACCGGGAAAAACCAGUUUGGUGAAGAAAAUUGUUCGUCGGAGAAAGAUUUCGAUGGUCGAACCGGUUGCUUGAGACGAAUAACAGAUGACAGGGUCGCGGAUCGAUGUAAACGACGAACAGGCUCCGGGCUCCUCGAUCGCAUCUGAAAGGUGGUGGCGAAGGGCGAAAUAGCCGAGACGUGCACGGUUCAUCGACUUAUCGAAACGAAGAUCCCUGUAUCUCGGGAAAAAACUCGCGAGAAUACGAGAUGAGAAAUAAAAGAAGCUUCGGCUACUUCUAAAUAAGAAGUGUACUUUGAGAGGAUUCUGUAAGUGUUCUCUGAGAGUACUCUAUAAGCGUUCUCUGAGAGGAUUCUGUAAGUGUCUCUUGCACAUCAGAUUCGGAUCAGACAGAUUUCCAGAUCCGUCCAAAAGAAGCGAGUUACGAAAGAUUUUAAGCAAGCCAGGUAUAAUUAAGAAGCUCCCGAUGCGUCUGUGAGCUCAGAUUUCUAUGAGAUUUUUAAUUAGACGAGAAAAGGAGGAAUCGUCUAUGUAACGAUCGCGGUCAAACCAAGUUUUACGAGAUCUUUUAUUCGAAGAGAAAAGAAGGAAUUAUCUAUGUAAAGAUUGGAUCGGAACAAUUCGACGAGCCGAAGGAAAAGUUUGGUACGCGUCGGUGAGACGAUAUGCCCGGCGAUACGACUGUGGGAAGUUGAGGACUGGCUUGAUACGGGGCGAUCGCUGCCAAGGCUUGCCAGCGCACCAAAUGGACGAGGCUCGAGGGAGGAUAGUGGAACGAUAGGAGGCGACCGGUUGCGGCUGCAGCUGCGGCGUCGGUCGCUGCACCUGCAGCUGCAGCUGCGGCGACGAGGAGGCUGCCGGUAGCAGCGUGCAGACGGUGGCUAAAACAUAAUGCAGAGCACAGGCGACUACUAUCAGAGGGCGCCGAGAUGCUGUCCAGGAAGGAACGCGAACGCAAACGCGGACGCGUUGAGGAUCAACGCUUCUGUCCGGGGAGCGGAGUUGUUGUGCUGUUGUUGUAGCUGCAGUACGGCAACUUCUACCAAGACACCGGGAUUAUUGGCCAGUCUGGGUGUCUGCGUGCUCGUGCUGGGUUACACGUUGUUGGGCGCGUUCGCGUUCAUGGCGCUGGAAGGUGGCCUCAAGUCGGAUUCAGCGAACGACCUGCUCGUUCCCGGUUCCAAGACCGAAGGAGGAUCGUACGUGGUGCCCAGUAUCGAGGAUGACACUGCGGCCAUGGAACUAAGAGCGCGCACCGUUGAAAGGCUCUGGAGUAUCACAGAGGACUUGAACGUGUUGUACAAGGAAAACUGGACACGAUUAGCAGCCAGGGAAGUGUUCGAGUUUCAGGAGAACUUGGCACGAGGUCUCAGGAGAACUUCCUCGCAGUACGAGCCGAUGGGAUCAUCCUCUCGAUCCAGGGACCAUUCCAUGGACAGAAGACCACAUAGAAAAUGGACCUUUAGUGGCAGUUUACUGUAUUCCCUGACGCUGAUCACCACUAUUGGAUACGGUAGCGUGGCGCCUCGCACAGUCUGGGGUCGUUUAAUCACAAUAGUGUACGCUCUGGCUGGAAUUCCCUUAAUGCUGGUCUAUUUAAGCACGGUGGGCGAUGUUCUCUCAAGGAGCUUCCGUCGUUUAUAUGGCAGAUUGUGCAGGCCUCGAAAUUGCACCAGGAAGCAACAACCGCCGCCACCGCCACCUCCUGUAGGUGGCAUGAUGAGCAAAACCUACAGAUAUGAUAACCAUGUCGACUCGAAAUCUGGAAAUUACUAUUCAGCUAGCAGAGAAAGCUCCUGCGACGAUCUAGGAACCAGAGGCACCAGCAGUGCCAUCUUGUUGGACUGUGGAAGCGAGGGACUGCUUCAUGCUACCACCAGCUCCACCGCAGCGCUUCAGGACGUAACAUCAGGAAACAGUAAACGCCAUUUUCACCCGUGCUCGCUGUCCCUGUCGACGAACUCGUCGCCAGGUUACGUAGUGGAAACGAAUCCCGUGAGGAUACCGAUCAGUCUCUGUCUAGUAAUCAUGCUGAUCUACAUAUGCGGUGGCGCAGUGAUGUUCAAUCGUCUGGAGGGUUGGAGUCUCUUGGAAGGUGGCUACUUCUGCUUCACCAGCCUCGGAACGAUCGGUUUCGGCGACCUGAUGCCCGUUGGACGAAAUGCCGCGUCCGCCACCCUGGAGGAACUCAGCCUGUGCGCCUGCUCGCUCUACAUACUCGCCGGGAUGGGCCUGAUCGCCAUGUGCUUCAACCUCGUCCAGGAGGAGGUGGUACGCGUGGUCAGGGUCUUCGGUAGAACCUGCGGCAUGUCGUCGGGGGUGGUGGUCGGACCUAUCGGUGGUACAGGUGCCGGUCCUGGGCUCAAGGCCGACCUGGACGACGGAGGAGGCACCAGUGACUCGCGAUUGUCCGAACAAGAAGAAGAAGCGAUCGCCAUGUCCAUGGUGCCAACCUCCUGACAGCAUCAGGCCAGGAGUCCCGGGGAUGGGAAACUCCUGGCCCACACGUCCAACACUGCCAUAAAACCAUCGCCUGGUCAUCAUUCUCUACCACGAAAAAAAACGCCGUCUGAA